CACCCCAACAAUGGGCAGAUUGAUGACUGCCCGGUCCCUUGUGAUGCGAGGCUGCCAUCUGCUGUCAAGAUAAGGGAGUGUUUUUUUGUAUUUGCAUUCGCUCUAUUGCAUUCGCUCAAUAGUCUAAACUGGCUUCCUCUCCUCAUCUCCUAUGUUCACACUCACUGAAGAAUGAGAAAAAUUCAUAAAAACCCCAAGCAUUGUCUCACCUGUGCAAACGAUUACUACCAGUUUGGGACUGAUUGCCACAAAAGCUGCCCAGACCGGACCUAUAAUGAGGGGACAGCAUGUGUCAAGUGUGAGGACAAGCAUUGUGUCAACUGUGACCAGAGCCAGUGCUACUGGUGUGAAGAGGGCUUCCACCUCUAUGACGGAGAGUGUGUGGAGCGGUGUGCAGAGGGAUUCUUUGUCGACAAGGAGGGUCAGGAAUGUGAACCGUGUCACCGUAUGUGUCGGUCUUGUAGUGGGCCCAGCUAUGACGACUGUGAUUCAUGUGAGGAUGAGUACACUCUGACAGAUGGAGAGUGUGUGAAGAACGACUCCAAAUCCUGCCCUGAUAAACAAUUCUAUGAUGAUCAGGGUAAAUGUGAGCAGUGUCACUCUAGCUGUCAGACAUGCACGGGCUCUGGAAAUAAUGAGUGCAACACCUGUAGCAAAGGUCUUUUCCUGACAGCCCACCAGAUGUGUUUGACAGAGUGCCCGUCCGGUACUUUCGGCAAUGCCACGUCGGCCCGUUGUGAAGACUGCCUGCCAGGCUGUGAUCUGUGCCAGAAUGGCCACCAGUGCCAGAAGUGCCUGUCUAAACACACACGGUUGUACCUGGAGGGUGGCCACUGUGUUCCCGAGUGCAAGAGGGGUUUCCCCAGGAGUGGCGAGUGCCAGCCCUGUGCCCCAGAGUGUGCCCUGUGCCAGGGGAAUGCCACCCACUGUCUGAGUUGUGCAGACGGCCACCUUCUACUUGAGCACUCGUGCGUAGGGCACUGUCCCGACAGGUACUACUCCCACGAGGGACGGUGUGUCCGCUGCCGCUCGGCCUGCCUGGAGUGCAGCCAGGACGGCCAGUGUUUGGUGUGUGGUGAGAACUACUUCCUACAUGAGGACCGCUGCCUGGACCAUUGCCCCGAAGGCUUCUUCCCCACUGUGGAGCAGAGGGUGUGUGCGCGCUGUCACACCGACUGCGCGUCAUGUGACGGGCCUGACGUGGAUGACUGUAACGUCUGCCGGAAUCCCGCUGCUGUGCGCCACAACGGGGAGUGUCUGGCCCACUGCCCCUCGGACACUUACCAAGACACAGCCACCUCCGAAUGCCAGGCCUGUGACAGGUCGUGUCUGACCUGCUGGGGUCCUGAUGCCUCGUCCUGCCUCAGCUGUGGGCCCGACAUGCAGAAGGACGCCGAUGGCCACUGUGUUUCCUCCAGCCAGUGCUCUCUGAACUCGUACAAAGACGCGUCGGGCGACUGCCAGGCCUGCCACCCCUCCUGCCACCGGUGCUCCGGGCCCUCAGGGGCGCACUGCCUAAGCUGCAAACACAAGGCCUUCCUGUUCAACCAGACCUGUGUGGAUGAAUGCCCGGUGGGUUUCUACGGUGACAGAGACGAGCGUGUGUGUGACCGAUGUCACGCCAGCUGCCUGUCAUGUGCAGGACGCUACAAUGUUCAGUGCACGGCCUGCAGACCCAGUCUAUUCAAACAGGGCCGUAGUUGUGUAGAGACCUGUGGUAAUAGUCACUUCGGCAACACCACCACGGGGACGUGCGACCGCUGUGACCCAUCGUGUGGCACAUGCAGGGGUAGAGGCAUCCGGGACUGUCUCAACUGCCGCAUAGGUUACUUCUACCUGAAGCAGACGGGGCAGUGCCUCCAGACAUGCCCAUCAAACUACUUCCCCGACAACAGAACCAAAACAUGCCUCAGGUGUCACCCUACCUGCAAAACCUGCAGUGCUGCGGGAGCCCUGUUCUGCACGUCGUGCUUCGAGGGCUUCAGGUUUUGGGGCGGGAUAUGCGAAUCUUCCUGUUUCGUUGGAUUCUACGCUGAUUCCGCCACAUUGGGCUCAGAUCCUCCGUGUAAGGAGUGCGACCCUUCCUGUUUGGACUGUAAAGGUCCUGGCUCGCGGGACUGCACCGUGUGCCCCGCCAGCCUGCUCUUCGCCGACGACGGCCGCUGCCUGACCUGCUGCGGAAAUGAGACGCGACACAGGAGCAGCCCAAUCCCCUUGGAUUGUUGCGACUGCCGGACAUCACAAAUGGAGUGCGUCUUAGGGGUGAACUUCGUAUUCCGGGGCAUUGAGGAGCUUCCAGAGUGGCAUCCCAUGCACUUCAUCAUGGCUGCGGUGUUCCUGGUUUUGGGCCUGGGUGCUGCUUUCUUCCUGGUCCUCCAAAUGCGCUCCAAAGCGGGCGCAGCCUUAUACCAGACGGAAACCAGUGGCUAUAAGAAGCUGGACACCAAUGUGGGCAGGGUUGGGUCGGUUGCUUACCCUGAGUCGUCCUAUAGUGAAUACAGUGAUCGCAUUGUUGAGGAUGAAGAGGAGGAGGAGGAGGAUGAUGAUGAAGAUAUUGUCUAUAUGGGUCAGGACGGGACAGUGUAUCGUAAGUUUAAGUAUGGACUUCUUGAGGAAGAUGACAUUGAGAUGGAGUAUGAUGACGAAAGCUAUUCCUUCAGAUAAACUGAAACCUCAGGCAAGCCCACAAUGUUUACAAAAAUUCAUAAUUUUCCUUAACUUGAAAACAGAUUUUUUUUGUGUGUUUAUGUGUCUGUGUUUGGGGGGAUAGAAUUAUAAGAAUAAAAUAAUUAUGCAUACUUUGUGUGUUUAGAGAAACAUUUGAUAUUUUAUUCUGCUGCCACUUUCACAAUAGUGUUGUAUGUAGGUUCCCUUUUUUUUAAAAUGUGGGUUUGGGAAGUGGCAUGGCCAUUAUCCCAUGAACAACCAAAAAGCAUUGUUUUGUUGGGUAUCCAUUUUUUCUUUCUAUGAUGAUCAAGAGAUUUUAGUGGUAGUGCACUUUUAAUUUUGUGAAGUUUCUUAAUGUAGGAUCCCACUGUCAUUUAAAAAUUCAGUGUUCAAAUUGUUUAAUAAUCCUGUAGUUGUGAUCCCAAGAUGUUUACAUACACAUCCUUGAGUGCAUUACUAAUUAAAACCAUGUGCUGUAACAAUGGAUUUACAUUGAAAAUCCUAUUUUCUUUAACCCCUGACUUUAACCUAAUACAAAAGCCAAUACUUAAACCUAAUUCUAAACUUUUCAUUAUUAUCCUUGGUAUACUAUACUUGUGAGGACUUUUGGUCAGUAGUAGUAACACACUACAAGAAAACAUUUACUGACCUUGAUAAUGAAGAUCAAUCUAUUCAUGAAACAGAAGGACGCCAUAGAGCCCUUAGAAUAAUGUGGAUCUAUUCAUGACACACAGAAGGACGCCAUAGAGCCCUUAGAUUAAUGAGGAUCUAUUCAUGAAACAGUAGAACACCAUAGAGCCCUUAGAAUAAUGAGGAUCUAUUCAUGAAACAGUAGAACGCCAUAGAGCCCUUAGAAUAAUGAGGAUCUAUUCAUGAAACAGUAGAACACCAUAGAGCCCUUAGAAUAAUGAGGAUCUAUUCAUGAAACAGUAGAACACCAUAGAGCCCUUAGACUAAUGUGGAUCUAUUCAUGAAACAGUAGAACACCAUAGAGCCCUUAGACUAAUGAGGAUCUAUUCAUGAAACAGUAGAACACCAUAGAGCCCUUAGAAUAAUGUGGAUCUAUUCAUGAAACAGUAGAACGCCAUAGAGCCCUUAGACUAAUGAGGAUCUAUUCAUGACACACAGAAGGACGCCAUAGAGCCCUUAGAAUAAUGAGGAUCUAUUCAUGUGUUUUUGCAUCCCAUGCAUGUGAAACAGUGUGGUUGAUUAUUAUUAUCAGAAAUAUAAUGUUCUCUCUAUUUGUUUAAAUUAAGAUGACUGGUCACCUCUCUGAGCCUGGUUCCUCUCUAGGUUUCUUCCAAAAUAAAUGUUCACUUCUUAGGGAGUUUUUCCUAGCCACUGAAAUUCAACACUGUUGUUUUUUGCUCCUUUGGGUUUCAGGAUGGGCACUUUGUGAUACCUGCUGAUGUUAAUUUGAUAGAUGGAUUAAUCAAUGUUUACUUGAAUAAAGUUGUAUUUACUGUG